GACCCGAUGCGAGGGACACGGCCUCGGGUUGUGGUCUCGCGAGUACAACCAGAGCAAGCAGCAGUGGACGGGUUGGCUGGCGUAGGCCAACGAGGCCGAGCGCGUCAUGGAGAACAACAGAUGCAGGCCAAAGUCGGGCCAGGCAGCGGGAGGAGGGCGAGUAGUGGUGUGGAUGAGGAGACUAUGAGCGAGUGGAGCAAGGUCGGCUGUGGCGCGGAGGCGUGGGAUGGAUCGGAUGGAAGCCUGCCGCUGGAUGCGGAUGCCGGAGCCGGUGAGCAGAUGCGGAGCUUGCCCAACUCGCCGACGGCGCGGCCCGACGACGGAAUGGCACAAGCACCAGAGGGCAGAAUGCGGCAGCUUGCAGUACCAGACGGCGGGCUCGUCCACAAGAGCCACCGACGGGUGGCAGACGACCUGUCGCCAGCGACUACGGCGUCGUCGAUGACAUCGUCGGAGAUGACCGGGUCAAUGUCAACUAGCUCCAACUCGGGAGUGAUACUGACGCGGAGCUCGGACUCGUGCGACGAAGACGCGUGCUCGUCAGGCGGCGGCGAGCUGCAUGUGGAGGUGAAGGCGUCGGGGUCACCCAAGGGAGUGAGCCGACUGGCACUCCGCGCACUGUCGACGUCUGUGAGCUCGCUUGACUCGCCGGCGACGACGCCCGGGUCAAGCUCGCCGAGCGAGCGGAUGCCGUCGUGGAGGCGGCGUCCGCCGUCGGUGCUAACGCCUACGUUUGCGUCGACACUGCCAGAUGGGACGAUGAUGGCGGAUGGGGUACUGAUCGACUGCAACAACAAUGUGUGUUUGUCAGACGGUGGAUUUGUGUACUACGAGCCGCAGACGCGGCGGCUGCAUGCGCUGCUCUCGCCGUCGAUGAGCAAGCGUGUACAGAGCCGGAUGAUGCGGCGGGCGCGGAAGCAGCUUCUCGAGAGGCUGCCGGCGGGCGAGCGUGCGUCUGUGGAGGUUGUUCACGACGUCGGGCUCGGGCACGCCGACGUGUUUGGCAGCAAGGGCGAGGGUGGGAGGAUUAAGGAACUCGGGUCGGGAGCGUUUGGCACGGUGGCGCUGUACCGGGCUGCGGCGGAUGACACGCUGGUGGCCGUCAAGCGGAUGCGGCUCGAGUACGACGUACGGAACCAGCACGUGUCGCGGCGGAUUCUGACCGAGUGCAAGCUUUUGCAUGCGACGUCGUCGGUGUCCAAGGACAUUGUCAAGUUCCGUGGCGCGUUUGUGGUGCAACACGGCAUGUAUCUGCGGCUGUAUCUGUGCAUGGAGUACAUGGACCUCGGGUCGCUGGCAAGCGUGCGCAAAAAAUGGGGACCUGUGCCGGAAGGCCCACUGGCUGACAUGGCAGCGAUGCUCCUCCGCGGGCUGCGGUAUCUGCAGACGGCGUGUGUGAUGCACCGCGACCUGCGGCCGGAGAACGUGCUGCUCAACACGGGCGGGCGGGCGAAGGUGGCGGACCUUGGGCAUGCCAAGUCGCUCGAGAGCGAGAGCGGCAAGCUCUCUGCGCACUCCAAGGGAGUGAUUGAGCUCUCGUUGCCCGAGCCGGAGCGAGCGCGGCGCGGUCUUGUGCCGCUGGCGCACUCGCCGAUCGGCAACAAGCUGUACAUGGCGCCGGAGCGGCUCGACACGCGGCGGCGGGUGUCGGACUCUGAGCUGCAAGUGUACGACGAAAAGUGUGACAUCUGGUCGCUCGGACUGGUGCUGCGCGUGGCAGCGAUGGCCAGCGAUGGGUACCCGUACGACGUGUCGGAGGCCAAGACGCACCUCGACGUGGCACAGCUUAUUGUUGAGUCGUCCGCGCCUCGGAUGCCGCGCGACGUCGGGCUAACCCGCGACUUUUGCGACUUUGUGGACGCAUGUAUGGCCAAGGACCCGCGGCACGUCCGUCUGCGGUCCAGCUGUUCGACAUGCCAUUCAUGCUCCACGCCGUCGAGUCGAACGGGUCACGGCUGCGGCUGUGGACGACCAACAUGUUGCAGCGUGACGCGAUCGAGCGGGCACGGAUGGCGGUCCUGUAUCCCGAUGACGAGGCGUACGGGCACCCGACGCCGCUGGACACGACGCGGUCAGACACGUCGGCUUUGAUGGCGAUGUGGUCGCCGCUUGUCUCGCCGAUCCGCACCCCACCGUCGGAGCGCGGCCUGGUGCACUCUGCGGAAAACUCGCUCGACGACGUGGCGGUCGUCCACUAUGACAAUGCUUUCCCGCCGAUGGACGCGACGACGACGACGGCGACGACGCACUCAUCCGGGUCAGCGACGCCAACGCAAUCGAACUCGACCGGCAUCGACCUUGCAUACAUCGAGACGCUGUUGACCUCGCCGCGGCGGUUGCGUCCGGUCUCGGAGCGUGACGUGGUGGUGGCGACCAAUGACGUGUGGGCGGAGCAGGCGGAGGCAGCGCGGCGGAUGCCGUCGCGGCGGCAUGGCAAGCGAACGUCGAUCAAGUCACCAAGUCGGACGCUGCGGCGGAACCAGGGCACUUUUCCGGUGUUCUGGUCGAAGCAGGGACGGAAGCGUUAGGUCGCAGCAGGACCCUCACUUGCGGGAACUCGGUCGAGCGGCGAGGUAGAGCGUGCGGCGGAGGAGGAUCACAGUCUCGUCCAACUCUGCGAGGUCAAAGCUUCCGCGCGUCUCGUCGUAGUCCAUGGAUAGGUUAACAACUUGCGAUGAGAGA